GAUGUUGUGAUUGGUUGCGUAGUACGAUGUGUCAAAAUAUGAUACUGAGAGGCGUGGUGUUGCAGUACAAGAAAUGAUAACGAUGUAAGCUGUUGUUUACCGUCAUGAAGUGUGGUUGACUGGCAGCUUCAAUUUUAAAAUGUAGGAGUUAGUCCGCAUCCCAAAUGGGAGCUGGAAAACUCAACCGUAUCUAACAGGACUUAAUCGUUAUGAUACGGGUGAACCUGAAACUUACGCUGUUCCUCCUAUGUAUUAUUGUGUUAUGUAUGACACUAUAUUUGUGGAUGAAGUGUGGGGAAGCUGUAUAUGCCAGAAAAUCUCAUUCUGUAGAUUGGAACAACAAGAAACCUUCAAAUAGUGUUCCAGGUCUAGGUGCAGGUGAUUUGCUGGAUCAUGGUACCGACAUACAGGGCUUUGAAGAAAUUGACUGCAGUAUUAACGGUGAAUAUACAGUGAGCUGCAGGAAAGAAGGGGGAGAAGUAUAUGUACCAUUUUCAUUUCUCAAUAAAUAUUAUGAGGUGUUUGGGAAACUUGCUACCUAUGAUGGGUAUGAAAGAUUUGAAUGGUCUCAUAGUUAUUCCAAGAUUUACAAACCUAAAGGAAAAUAUGAUCCAAAAGGAGUGUUCAUGUAUUUUGAGAACUACAAUGUCGAAGUUCGGGAGAGGGUCAAAUGUGUCAGUGCUGUAGAAGGAGUACCAGUGUCAACUCAGUGGCAACCUCAGGGUUACUUCUAUCCCACACAGAUAGCACAGUUUGGCUUAGCACAUUAUAGUAAAAACAUGACCGAGCCAGAACCUCAUCAAGUGGUUGUGGAGGAUGGAGAUAAAGAGAGAGGAAGUUGGAGAGUUCCUAAAGAUGCUGAGCUUAAUUAUAUAAAAAAUGGCACAGGGAACUAUAUUGUCUGUUUUAAGAGCCAAGAAAACAUUGUAGAUGGUGUCACAAUACAGCUUGAUCAUGUUAUGGAUUUGGUACUGAGCCUUAACUUCAAACUCGAGGGCAAUGGUAGUUUCACAGUGACACUGCAGAAUCGUGAGAAGCAUGAGUGGUUCUAUCUACACUACAUCAGCUCUGACCUCCUUAUAUCUGCCCAGGAUCAGCACACCUACCAUGGUAUUGGUCAUCAAUCUGAAUGGCGCCUUCUGACACGUGAUCUCAUCAUUGACCUACAGAAAGGUCUGGCAUAUCAGAAGAAGCCCAAAAGAAAGCUGUUCAGAUCCAAAAUAAAGGUUGUAGCUUUGACAUUUCAUGGAACUGGGUGUGUGGAUAAUAUAACUCUCUCAUCCAGUCAACACAUUGCUCAGUUUUAUGAUGCUGCCCGGUGGCUUGUUAACCACCAAGACUCAAAUACAGGUGGUUGGCCUAAUGCUGUACGCAGGAGGCUGUCGUCUGGAAUGUUAGAUCUUGAACCAGGCUGGUACUCAGCAAUGGGCCAGGGCCAUGCAAUUUCUGUCCUGGCACGUGCAUACCAUCAUUCAGGAGGAGACCCACAGUAUCUUCAAGCUGCUGUUGCUGGACUCAAACCAUUUCGUGUGUCAAGUCAGAAUGGAGGUGUGCUAGCAAUGUUUCUUGACCAAUUAUCUUGGUAUGAAGAAUAUCCUACACAGCCCUCCUCUUUUGUGUUAAAUGGAUUCAUUUAUUCGUUACUAGGACUGUAUGAUUUGCAGACAGUUGCACCAUCUGACACAGCUGCUGAGGCAGCAGAUCUAUUCAAGCGUGGUAUGAGGUCACUCAAGACAUUGCUACCACUGUUCGACACAGGUUUUGGGUCUGUUUAUGAUUUACGACAUUUUACAUUGGGAACAGCACCUAAUCUAGCACGGUGGGACUACCAUGCCACUCAUGUCAACCAACUGCUGUUGCUUGCUACCAUUGAUUCGGACACCCUUCUGGCAGAAACAGCUGAUCGUUGGGCAGGCUACAUGAUGGGCAAGCAUGCAGCACACAACUGAAGCUGAACAAUUUCUUUACAGCAUGUGAAACAUGUUAUUUGGUAAUCAGCUUUAUUUUGUUGUAUGUACUUAUGUUUGUCAUGCUAAACUUCUCUUCGAUGCUAUGCAUGACUGUAAGAGACAUAACUCUGCA